AGAAAAUUCUGGAUUUGGCAAGAAAUAUAAAUUUAAUUAGAGAUGCACCCAUGGAAGUUGAAGGAAUAAAUAUAGUGGAAAACCCACGUAGUGUCGUUGUGCUUGAUACCGAUGAAAUGCUUUUAAAUAGUUCCGGGCCUUAUUAUGAAGAUUUCGCACAAAUAACUAAUGAUGUGCUGCAAAACAGUUAUUCCGACAUAUUCACAGAUCCGGUUCUGGAAGGUAGGUACCUCUGCAAUAGUUAAAAUGUUCUUUUGCUUUGAGCUUUAAUCUUUGUUACAGAGACACUGCCGCCUGAUAACAGUCGUGAUUUCUCUAAAGCCACAAAUUGCAGUUCUGACAAUGCAGGUGACGAUUACGUACCUUCAGAUAUAUCAUCAACAUCUGAUGAAAGUGUUUCUGCUGCGAGUUUACUCAGAUAAACAUGAAGUCUCAGAAAUACAAAUCUGCCAAGAAGUUGAGACUGUUGGGAGACAUAAUGAAGGCGUCCAGACAGACGUUGACUCAGACGUUGAUAUCGUAGAGAAUAAUCAGAACUUCGAAAUAGAGAAUGCUGAUGCACUGGAAAAUCCAGAUAGUCAAGAAAUCUUCGAUGCACCAGGAGAAAGGAAAAGAAGAAUAUCAGCUGAUCAAAGUCAAUGGAUAAGAGAAAGAAACAAAAAUUUACGUGUGCGAGGUAAAAAAUAUGUCGGAUUUUCAAGAGAGAAUGGAAAAUAUCAGCAAAAUAUAAACAGAGGAGAAAGAAAACUAAAAGGUGGAUGUAAUUCAAAUUUCUGUAGAAAGUCAAAAGUAAGAAAAUGUUUUCAAAUUACGGAAGCUCAGAGAGAAGUAAUUUUUAAUUACUUUUGGAGCGAAAUGUCGUGGGAUCAGAAAAAGGUUUACGUUGCCUCAACUGUCGAAAAAAUUUCCGUGAAACGUAAAACGCAAGAAAACUCAAGACGACGACAGGGGACUUUUGUGUAUUACCUAAAUGUUGACAAUAAAAAGCUCCGGGUAUGUCGCACAAUGUUUCUAAACACCCUUGCUCUUGGAUACAAAACAGUCCCAAGACUGGGUGAACAGUAGUGAAUCAGGCAUGCACCAGGAUGAAGGCCGUAAAAUAACUAAAAAGCGAGAAAUUGCUUUACGCAGCACUUCAAGUAUACAGCACGUUGAUACGUUUUUAAAUUCCUUACCUAAGCUAUCCUCUCACUAUAAUAGAAAAAAUUCAAAAAAGCUGUUUUUGGAGCCAGUAUUUAAAAACUUUUUAAGGUUUAUCAAGAGUUUUGCUCAGAAAAAAAUGUACCAUCAGUCACCAGGAAAUACUUUACGAGGAGAUUUAAGGAAUUAAAUUUAUCUAUAUAUACUUUAAAAAAAGAUAAAUGUAACGUUUAUACCUCUCAUGAGAAAGGAAAUCUAGCAGAAGGUGACUAUCAAGAGCAUAUUCGCAGGAAAGAUCGUGCACGAGAGGAAAAACUGAAAGAUAAAAGCAAGGCACUUUUAGAUAAUUGUAUCUUAAUUUCAAUGGAUCUGCAAGCAGUCAAAUUAUCUCCAUACUUGCAGGCCAAUGCUCUUUACUAUAAGACAAAAUUAUGUUGCCAUAAUUUUACUAUUUAUAACAUGAAAACGCAUGAUGCGUGUUGCUAUUGGUUUUCUGAAGACCAAAACAGCGAGUUGAAAGCGUCUACUUUUGUUUCAUGCUUGUUGGACUAUUUAGAAAAAAAAUGUGUUUUAACAAACGUUUCCAUCAUUAUUUAUUCGGACGUAUGUACGUAUCAAAAUAGAAACAACAUAAUGGCGAAUGCUCUUUUAAACUAAAUUUGGAGUGACCAUUUACCAAAAAUGUUUAGAGUCCGGACAUACCUACAUGGAGUGUGACUCAGUCCACUCAACAAUAGAACGAAAAACCCUACGAAGCGGUCGAGUUGGAUUUUAGUUUUUUUAGAAGCUAUUCACUAGCAGCCCAUUUAAGGUAUUCUUCCAUAUGCCCAGGAAAAUCUGCAGAUGAUCCUAAAGUUACUGACAUAAAGUGCAUAAAAUACGAUAAUCUAAUUAAGAUUAAAACAGAUUUUGAUGGUGAAUGGCAAACUUUGCCGGUGAGGCCGAAAAAUCUUGAGGUAAUAAUGGAAUAUCUGAAGAUGCACACUCA